AUGGAGGCGACAACUGCAAAGAAGUUAAAACUGGCCAAGAAAAGGCAAAAUCAAGUCAACCAUGAACUCUCUACAACAACACUUUUCGGCACUCAGUAUGAUACUACAUCUGGUAACUUAAAUGAAGUACGCAUUCGGUUUGAAGCAUUAAAUGCGUUAUCUGAAAAAUAUGAAAUGGCUCAAAUUGAAAUUGAAGAACUUGAUGAUUCGGUAGAUGAUGAUCAGCAAUGUGAUGAAUAUAUUGACUUCAAAAAUAAAUUAUACCACGCUAAAGCAGUUUUAAUGCAACUGAUAGAUGCUAACUCAAAUAAUACAUCAAGUAGUCCUUCCUAUAGUGAGCUCACCAAAUACAAGACUGAAAAUACAAUGAGGUUACCACCAGUGGAGAUUCCAAAAUUUGAUGGUGAUUGGCAAUGUUGGACGUCAUUCAUUGAUAGCUUUAAUAUUGUAUUCCAUAACCAUGAGAAUCUUGCUCCUGUUCAGAAAUUUCACUAUCUUAAAGGUUAUCUUGUGGGUCAGGCUAGUGAUGUUAUUCGGUCAAUUCCCACCACGGGUGAAAAUUAUUUACAAGCAUACAACACAUUAAUGAACCGGUAUGACAAUAAAAGUGUGAUCAUUCAAUCUCACAUCAGAUCACUACUUGACACACCUAAAGUUCUCAUAACAUCGGCAACAAAUUUAGAAAAAUUACAACAUCAUAUCAUGUCUAAUGUUAAUGCGCUCAGAGCUUUAGGACAACCCAUAGAUUCCUGGGAUGCAUGGUUGGUCACACUCAUUUGCAGUCGUUUGGAUAGUGCCACGGUGGGAGAGUGGCAACUCCAAUAUAAUAAAAAAGAAUUGCCAUUGUUUUAUGAAGUUGAGGCGUUUUUACUUAAUCGUAUUGCAGCAUAUCAGGCAGGAGAAAUGAAUGUUGGAUCUACCCUAGAAAAGAAGGCUGUUGGAAAGGUUUAUAAUCAUAAGUUGCAGGAAAAAAAGGCAUUCCAUGUAGGACCAGCUCAAAAAACAAGUUAUACAAUUAAAUGUAGUUUGUGCAAUGAAGGUCACAGAUUGUACCUAUGUAAACAAUUUGAUAAGUUACCUGUUCAUGAGCGACGUGAUGUUGUCAUGAAAAAUCAUUUAUGCUUCAAAUGUUUAAAUGUUAAUCAUCAAGCAAGGUUCUGCAAAUUUUCAAAUUGCUCUAAGUGUGGAAAAAGACAUAACAUUAAAUUACAUUUGGAAGAGAAUGAAGGAUCCACUAUGUCUGACCAAGAUAAUGCAGCCGGUAUCACUGAGCAGCCACUGUGUGACGGUGAAGGGUUUGCACAAGCAAUGCACGCGUCCGGUGACUCAGUGAUGUUAGCCACUGCCAUUGUGGUUAUUAAUGAUAUAACAGGUGUACCCAAGCGUUGCAGAGCACUGCUGGAUUCAGGGUCACAGAUCAACUUCAUCACUGACGCUUGUGCUCAAUCUCUUAAAUUAACAAGAACUAACUGUCAUCUACCAAUUGUUGGAAUUAAUUCAAAACGUUCAAUAGCUCAAAAAUUGAAACCAGUUCUAAUAUCUUCACGGUUUGAAAAUUUUAGCACUCUAAUAGAUUUACAUGUACUUCCGUCCAUUUCAAAUACAUUACCGUCACGGCCCUUAAAACUUAAUAAUUUUAAGAUCCCAGAAAUAGUGAAAGGUCAAUUGGUAGAUCCCAGUUGUGGAGAUCCUGGAGACAUACAAUUAUUACUUGGUGCAGAGGUUUUUUACACUUUAUUCAGUGGUGAAAAAUUUGAGAUUGAAAAUAGCUUAAUGUUUCAUAAUACUGCACUCGGAUGGGUUCUUACCGGCAAGGUGUCUAAUAAUCAAUGUAAUCAUAUGAACACAUGUAUGCAUGCCUGGUUCAGCGAAGGAAGAGUUGAACCAGCUUUAUCGUUAUUUGUCACUAAAUCAAAUAGUCGUCGAACUGAUGAGCAGAAGGCGGAAAAGCAUUUUAAUGAUACUCAUAGUAGAGAUGAUUCUGGAAGAUUUGUUGUGCGGCUUCCAAUAAAUACUGAUAUCGGUACACUUGGUGAUUCCAGUUAUAUGGCUCAACGUCGUUUUCUAAACUUGGAGAGGCGAUUGUCUAGAGACAAAGGGCUUGGCAUUGCAUAUCAUAAAUUCAUGUCUGAAUAUUUAACUAUGAAUCAUAUGGCAUUAGCAGCUGCUCCAGAUCCUAAUAAAUGCGCUUAUUAUUUGCCACAUCAUGCUGUAAUGAAAGAAUCUAGUAUCACAACCAAAUUAAGAGUGGUCUUUGACGGAUCCGCUCCAUCUAGCUCUGGAUUAUCUCUUAAUGAUAUUUUAUACCGAGGUCCCAAGGUUCAACCAGAUUUGUUAGAUAUAUUAUUGAGGUUCAGAAUGCAUUCUAUAGUCAUAACAGCUGAUAUUGCUAAGAUGUACAGGCAAGUACUUAUACACCCUGAGGAUCGAGCGUUACAAAGAAUAUGGUACAGAGAAACUCCGGAACAGUCUUUAAAGGAAUUUGAGCUACGCACAGUCACUUAUGGUACAAAGGCUGCAUCUUUUCUUUCUACACGGUGUCUUUUGCAGCUGGCUACUGAAGUUGAAAAUCCAAUUCUCAAACGUGUCAUAUCUAGUGAUUUUUAUGUUGAUGAUUUACUUACCGGUUGUGCCACUGAAGAUGCAUGUUACUCACUUUAUAAAAAUGUCAAUAAGGUUUUGGAAGCAGCUGGUUUUCCACUGAGGAAAUGGUGUUCCAACUCUAGCACAUUGAUGUCUCGCAUUCCCACGGAUACGGAUGAUGCAACAUAUCGGUUGUCUUUAACGGAUCAAGACACGGUUAUUAUAUUAAACCAUCAAAUGCGCGAUAGAUAUAGGUUUAAUAGGUUUAUCAGCUGCAGCAUAAUCUGA